AUGGACCAUCCUGCUGGGGUGGACCCGCCGGCAGACAAUGCUGUUCGGUGUCUCCAAUACACCAGCAGCGACGAGGACCAGAGCCGUCCAGCACCGACCAUGGAUGACAGGGUGGCUAGGAAAAGGCCAAUGGUUGUGGAGCCAUCCCCCACGGAAGCAAUUCUAGCGGGGAUGGCUGCAGACCCUUCGAUGGGCCAAGGAUCGACCAGCCAUGCCCCCAAGCGUCGCCGGCUUGUGAGGAUUGUCGACGACGACAACGAAGAGGACGAGACGGCCCCGUCCUUGGUCCGGAGACCACACGGCCGCCCUAACGUCGCGCCGAUCGACGCUGGUUGGGUGACCAGGGACCCGCCUGCCGCGCACGUCGAGCCGGUACAUCCUAGAGGAAUAGAAGCGGCAGCGGUGGCCGGACGAACCAGGAGAAGGUUCUUCACGGCGGCGCACCAGAGCUCCGACCUUGCGGCCUCGGAUGUUGAUCCGGGCAACGUUGCCGGCCAGAGAACAGCCGAACCGGCAGUUGCCGAUGAAAAUGCCGCCGAGCAGACCGCCCGCGAGCAGCCCCUUGGGGACCACUGGGCCGGCCACAAGGAGAUUGCCGAGACCGAGGAGGCCCAGAGGGUAGAGCGCGCUGCUAAGUGGCUUGUUGAUGAAGUUAAGGGUGCAAUGAAAACGGCGAAGUACCGAAAAAUGAGCUUCGACCAAAUCGAAGGUCUGGAGGAGGAGAUCGAGCGUCUCCGAAAAGAGAUGGACCAGCUCGACCAGGAGCGUGCCAGUGUGAUGGAGACCGACUGCAGGGUUGGCGAGGAACUGAAGAACAAGAAUCGGGAGUUGGCUGUGCUUAAAGUCAACACUAAGAAGCACCUCGAUGAGUUGGUCAAGGAACGGUACUCCUGGAAGACGAACUGCAUCAAGCUCUGGAAAGGAGUUGCCCCAGUACUUGACUUGAUCAGUCCCGAGCUCCCUAAGGACCAGCCCCGCGCGCCGAAACUGACCCCGGUCGAAAAGGUGCAGCAAGCGUGGGGCUGGCUUCAGCAAUUCGUCAAGGAUGCCGGGGAGUUUGCCGAAGCACACGUCCUCAGCAUGCUUGAGAGUAGGCAAGCUGUUGCGGAAAAGGAUAUCGACGGAGCUACCCCCGUCAACGAGCACGCGCUCGAACCUGACGCUGUUGAUGCACGGGUCCAGGAUCAGUGGGAAGCGCCCUAG